CUCUCUCUCUCUCUCUCUCAAUGUGUUUCUUUUGGAGGGAGAUGGGACCCAUUUCGAUCAAAAUCUCGUCUUUCUCAAGUAUCUUUCUCAUAAAUCCUCCACACCCAACCACCUCCAUUUCCUCCAUACUUGCUUCCUUUUCCUUCUCCUCAUUUCUUCUUCACUGUAAAUGUCUCUCUCGUUUUCUCAUUUCUCUUCUCCUGUAGCUCAGUUCACAAACUCCCACUAAGAAAACGAGUUCUUACAAGGAAAUGGCAAAGCAUUUUUCUUUAGAACCACUCUGCUUUUGUUUCUUCUUCUUCCAUUUCCUAAGCACCAAUCUAACCAUUUCUCUUUCUCCUGAUGGCCUCUCACUUCUCUCUUUAAAAUCCGCCGUCGAACAAUCAUCCGGCGGUUCCCCUUUGCCCGACUGGAAUGAUGACGACCCCACCCCUUGCAACUGGACUGGCAUUUCCUGCAUGAACAUUUCUGGAUUCCCGGACUUACGUGUUGUCGGGAUUGUUAUGUCCGGCAAGAAUCUACAGGGUUACAUCCCUUCUCAGUUGGGAAAUCUAGUUUAUCUCCGGCGACUCUAUCUUCAUAGUAAUAACUUUCAUGGGUCGAUCCCGGCUGAGCUCUUUAAGGCCAGUUCACUUCACAGUCUUAUCCUCUACGGUAAUAAUCUCUCGGGUCCUCUUCCUCCGUCCAUCUGUAACCUGCGGAAGCUCCAAAACCUCGACCUUUCAAACAAUUCUCUGUCGGGUCCUUUACCGGAGAACUUAAACAAUUGUAAGCAGUUGCAGAGGCUGAUUUUAGCGCGAAAUAAAUUCUCCGGUGAAAUUCCAGCUGGAAUUUGGCCAGAAAUGGAGAAUUUAGCUGAGCUCGAUCUUUCUUCUAACGAGUUCAAAGGACCAAUACCUAAUGAUCUCGGUGAACUCAAGUCUCUGUCUAAUACCUUGAAUCUCUCUUUCAAUAAUUUAUCUGGCAGAAUCCCAGAAUCUCUGGGAAAUUUACCCGUCAUCGUGGGUUUCGAUCUGCGAAACAACAAUUUAACAGGCGAAAUACCUCAAACAGGGUCAUUUGCUAACCAAGGGCCAACUGCUUUCCUCAACAAUCCUCUGUUAUGCGGGUUCCCUCUCCAGAAACCAUGUGAGUACUCCACAGAGAGCUCUGCGGCGAGCAAGAAUUCGACACCGGAAUCCGAUAAUAAUCCUAAGAAACGCUUAAGUUCUGGGUUGAUCAUACUUAUAUCAGUAGCUGACGCAGCUGGUGUAGCGUUAAUCGGUCUAAUAAUCGUCUUCGUCUACUGGAAAAAGAAAAAUGUUUCUAAUAGCUGCAGCUGUACAGGGAAGACAGAAUUUGGCAAGAACGAAACUUCGCAUGGCUGCAGGCUCUUUUCUUGCGUCAAUAGCUUUGGAAACGAGGAAUCAGAGGAAGAAGAUGUAGAGAAUGGAGAAACAGGGAAGGGAGAAGGUGAGCUGGUGGCAAUCGACAAAGGCUUUAGCUUUGAGCUUGACGAGCUUUUCAGAGCUUCAGCUUAUGUGUUGGGGAAAAGUGGGUUGGGAAUAGUAUAUAAGGUGGUGCUCGGAAAUGGGGUUCCGGUGGCGGUGAGGAGGCUCGGCGAGGGAGGAGAACAUAGGUAUAGAGAGUUCGUGGCUGAAGUGCAAGCUAUUGGGAAAGUUAAGCAUCCAAAUAUAGUGAAAUUAAGAGCUUACUACUGGGCUCCUGAUGAGAAGCUUCUCAUCAGUGAUUUCAUCUCCAACGGCAACUUGGCUAAUGCUCUUCGAGGGAGAUAUGGUCACCCAUCGACGAUUCUCUCGUGGGGAAUCAGGCUGAGAAUUGCCAGAGGAGCUGCCAGGGGCUUAGCCUACCUCCACGAAUGCAGCCCAAGAAAAUUCGUCCAUGGGAGCAUCAAACCAUCCAAUAUCCUCCUCGACAAUGACUUCCAAGCUUAUAUUUCUGAUUUUGGCCUUAGCAGACUAAUCAGUAUCACAGGGAACGAUCCUUCUUCCGUAGGUGGCUUCAUUGGCGGAGCUCUACCUUACUUAAAGCCCGCCCAAACUGAGCGAACCAACAACUACCGAGCUCCAGAAGCUCGUCUUCCCGGCAACAGACCAACUCAGAAAUGGGAUGUGUAUUCAUUUGGUGUUGUGUUGCUGGAACUGCUGACAGGGAAAUCUCCUGAUCUUUCACCAACCACAUCAACUUCUUCAGAAGUUCCAGACCUAGUAAGGUGGAUAAGGAAAGGGAUUGAAGAAGAGGACCCAUUAUCGGACAUGGUGGACGCAGUGUUGCUCCAAGAAGUGCAUGCCAAAAAGGAGAUUCUAGCAGUUUUUCAUGUUGCCCUUGCUUGCACAGAACCAGACCCUGAGGUUCGACCCAGGAUGAAAAAUGUGUCUGAAAAUCUUGAGAGGAUUGGAAAAUAGAAGGAGAAAACAGAAAAUAGGCUCUUUGAUUUCCAGCAACAGGAUCUUGAAAAUUUCGGAAAAGAUCGGCUCAGGCAUCCGAUUAACUUGGUUUUUCAAUGACAGGAGGCUAAAGAAUCAGGUCCAAAAUUGUUUGAGCUCAACAAGUAAUUUGGCAGCAUAACUGGGUUAUUGGGUAUAAAUUGUUUUUCUAUUGUAUUUGUAAUUUAUUCUAAAAAAACAAUAAAAGAAAACUUGUAUUUGUAAUUUAAAUUUCCAUCCCAUUUCCUUGGGAUGUGUUGUAAUAAAAUGUCAUUCUCUCUUCUUCUUGUGCUA